AUCCCGCCGUAAUAUAGGAUAUAGUUGUAAUCGCAUUGAAUGAAAAAUGGCCGCAAACGUAAGAACAGAAAUGCGAAUUCCUACACGUUCUGCUCCUCGUCCACCUGUCAGUUCGACGGCACAAAGGAACGUUAUUUGGAACAGCACAAAUGAUGCUCUUGGGUUUACGUUAACGCAACAACCUAUUCAAAAGAAGAAACCACCUCCUCGACCACCACCACCAAAGUUUAAUCAGAAUUAUUCACAGACACAGAAGGAAAAAUUUAAAAAACCAGCAAAGCCAACAGAACUUCUGACCAAUCUUUUUGGAAGAAAAAGAAGUGAGCACUCAAGUACAACACAAUUAAAUAGUCAAAUACAGAAUGCAAUAUUACGACCAGAAAAUACAAAUGGAUCAGUUUGUUUAAUAGACUUUAGUCCACCAGGAUCUCCAACAUUUACAACUCGAUCAAGUAGUGAUGGUGUUAGCAUUGAUAGUUUUGGCAGUGACGGUAAUUCGAAUCCAUCUGCAUUCACAAGUAGUGGAAACACAUCUCAAACAGAAAGUGCCUUUGAGGAUGAUUUUGACUUCUUUGGAACAUCUACUAAAAAAGCACCACAAAAUGAUCCUUGGCAAAUUAAUUCAAUGACAGAUCCAUUUGGGCCAUUAGAAGUAACUAAUCAUAAUACACUACGAUCUGUAAAACAUGUGAGGGAUUCAUGUUUCUUUGCUUUUAACACAAAUAAUCAUACUAAGAAUCAAGUGCCUGCCAAUCAGGCAUCUUUGAAAACUACUCAAUCCAUGCCAACUAUUAUCCGUGUAAAACCACCAAAACCUCCAGCACCAAAAAUUCUACAGAAAAAGGUAGAACAAAAAAUUAAUCAUAUUGAAACUAAGUCAAGAUGUUCAAAUAAAACAACAGUGCCUUUUACUAAGUCAUUGACACGAGAUUUAACUAAUUCAUGGCAAGUUGAUUCUAAAGAUAGUGCUUCAUUACCAAUGCCUACAAUACCAGCGCCUGCACCACCUCCAGAAUAUUUGAGAGAAAUAAAUAACGAUCUAUUUAUGAAUAAUGAAGAACCUUAUGGCAUUGCCCUGUAUGAUUUUCCAUUAAUACAUACUGGCGAUUUACCUUUUAAAGAAGGAGAAAGAAUAUACUUAAUAAGAAAAAUUAACGACGAUUGGAUGGAGGGUAGAGUAGGAAGUCAACAUGGAAUAUUUCCUACUAAUUUCAUUGACAUAAAGAUACCAUUGCCGGGUGUUCCAGAUAAUGUAGUUACUGCAAUUUAUCCUUUUAAGGGUGAAACCACGGAAGAUCUAACGUUUGAUGAAGGAGAAAAAAUUACAGUUCUAUCAAGGAUAUCACAAAAUUGGUUGUAUGGUGAGUGUAAAGGUCGAAAAGGACAAUUUCCAGAAAAUUACGUAAAUAGAAUCCCGUGUAAUGUUCCGUUAUCAUAUUAA